CUCCAUUAUCUCCACAGUGUCUUUGGAUUCAUCGACACACUCUGUUUUCUUCUCUCUUCUCUUCUCCUCUCUCUGAAUAUCGGCGAGCAAAAUGACGACGUCGUUCGGAACAACGACGACGGCAACACCGGCGGCAUCUGCUUCACCGGCAGGAUUUCCGGUAAAAAAUGCCCCGAAAUCCUUGACUUUAUUACCUUUCUGCCAUCAUCGCCAUUACAAUCAUUUACGUUCCAAAUUAUCUAUCACGCCCAAACUCCGACUCUCCUGUAAGGGUCUACAAUCUAGUUGGAAUCAUUCAGCUGUAACAAGAGCCCAAUCGAACGAGGUAAGAUUCUUUCAAAUGGUUUUCAUUGGAGGAAUUCUUUCAAAUAUUGUAACCUUUGUGAAAACCUUUUUGGGACGAUCUGUUGCCUUCAAGGUUGCUCUUGGUGGAUCUUCAAAUAAUUCAGCUACUCCUAUCACCCAGUCAGAAGAGGUGAAAUCACCAAGUGAGACUUCAUCUGCAACUUCGGUAUCAGAGGAAGCAAUAUCUAACUUUAUUAGCCAAGUUUCAAGCCUUGUCAAGCUAGUUGAUUCUAGGGAUAUUGUGGAGCUGCAGUUAAAACAACUUGAUUGUGAAAUUCUAAUCCGUAAGAAGGAGGCACUACCACAACCACCUGCUCCUGCUCCUGCACAAGCUCCAUUUAUACAAUCAUAUCAUGUACCAUCUGUACAAUCUAAUGCACCUCCUCCACCUGCACCUGCACCUGCUCCAAUUCAAACCCCUGCACCUUCUCCAGCUGCAGCAAAGUCAGCUGAUUCAUCUCUUCCACCGCUCAAAUCCCCAAUGGCAGGGACAUUCUAUAGAAGUCCAGCACCCAGUGAACCAGCAUUUGUGAAGGUAGGAGACAAAGUGCAGAAGGGUCAAGUUCUUUGCAUUAUUGAAGCGAUGAAGUUGAUGAACGAAAUAGAGGCUGAUCGGUCAGGAACCAUUGUUGAGGUUGUUGCUGAAGAUGGAAAACCUGUCAGUGUUGAUACUCCUCUGUUUGUCAUCAAACCAUAGAACCGUUCGGGUAAGACCCAGGAAACAAUAUGCAGAGGAACUUGGCAGGUGUUUGUUUACCUUGGGCUUAUGAUAUUUUGCAGUAUUUCAGUUUCAGUGAGUAUGUUUGCAACGACUGGUAGUGUGAUGGAAUAGACGAUUCUUGCUAAAACUCAUUAGGAGAGUUUAAUGUUUAAUCUUGAGGUAUUCUUUGGCAUUUUAUUGUGGAUUCUAGCUAACUCAUUUUUCCUCCUCCUUUUUGACAUAUUUAUGUGAGGUUUGUACCUCGAUAACAAUCUCAUCAAAUUAAGAUAACUAAGCAAAUUAAGGAUUGUAUGCUGUUUGAUUAUUUAA